UUUUGCACUCUACUAGUUCUUUUAGCUCCUUGUAUUUCUCAGAAGCUAUGUGCUCCAUCGUCUCCCUUCUCUAUUGCUUACUUAUCCUCUUGUCUAUCAAUAUUACAGUAGUCACAUCUGCUGAAGCAAACAAAACAGAGAUCGACCGGCAAGCACUCCUUUGCUUCAAGUCCGGCAUCUCCUCCGACCCUCUGGGCGUCUUGAACUCAUGGCGCAACACCUCACGCAACUUCUGCAACUGGUCAGCAGUCACUUGUGAUGUGAGGCAUCCAAUCCGUGUGGUCUCGAUAGACCUCACCUCCAUGCAUCUCACUGGACAGAUAUCUGGUUGCAUAGCAAAUCUGACAUCUCUGUCGCAGAUACACCUCGCAGACAAUAGCUUAUCUGGAGCCAUUCCUGAUGAGCUGGGUAUGCUUCCUGGUCUCCAAACUCUGAUGCUUGCUGGCAACCAUCUUGAAGGUAAUAUCCCUGAUUCGCUAGGCUCUAGCAUGUCUCUCAGCUAUGUUAAUCUUGCAAACAACAGUCUCACUGGUAGUAUCCCUCACUCGUUGGCCAGUAGCUCCUCACUCAGCACGCUAAUCCUCUCGCGUAACAGCCUUACUGGUGAGAUCCCGGCUAAUUUGUUUUAUAACUCAUCUGCCCUUACUACGGUUGAUCUCCAGAUGAAUUCUUUCACUGGUGUUAUCCCACCUUUUGAUAAGGUCACAGCCCUCAAGAACCUUUGUGUUACUGAGAACUUCCUUUCUGGAGGUAUACCUCCUUCGAUAGGGAAUAUUUCUUCUCUCCGCUUUGUAUUGCUAGGCCAGAAUCUACUUACAGGAUCAGUUCCAGAAAGUUUGGGUCACAUUUCAGAACUUUUUGAACUGGAUCUCAGUUUCAAUAGCUUGUCAGGCUAUGUCCCCAUGCCCCUUUACAAUUUGUCUUCACUCAAAUACAUUAGCUUAGGCAGCAAUCGCCUUGUUGGGCAGUUACCAUCUUACAUUGGCUACUCACUACCAAGUCUCCAAGUCCUUAUUAUGCAAAGCAACAAUCUGGAGGGCCUGAUCCCUGCUUCACUAGAAAAUGCGUCAAAUCUCCAAGUGCUUGACCUAUCAAAUAACUCCCUGUAUGGUCGUAUUCCAUCUCUUGGGUCGUUGGCAAAAUUGCGUCAAGUGCUUUUAGGAAGGAAUCAGCUAGAAGUAUAUGACUGGCAAUUCCUUGUCUCCCUAACAAAUUGUGCACAACUGAAAAAAUUGUCCUUGGAGGGAAAUAUGAUGAAUGGCAGCCUACCUGGAUCAAUUGGUAAUCUUUCCACAAGCCUUGAAUAUUUGUUGCUUGGAUCCAACCAAAUAUCAGGCUCCAUACCUGUUGAGAUAAGCAAUCUUGUUAAUCUCACUAUGCUUAGCAUGGAAAACAAUUUUCUCUCAGGAAGCAUACCUGAUAAGAUUGGGAAGCUGCGAAACCUAUUUAUCCUGAACCUAUCCAAGAAUAAAUUAUCAGGACAGAUCCCUUCCACAGUUGGUAACAUUGCCCAACUGAACCAGCUUUACCUUGAUGACAACAUGUUAUCUGGACACAUACCAGCAAGUCUAGGACAGUGCACAAGGUUGGCUAUGUUAAAUUUAUCAGUCAAUAACCUUGAUGGAUCCAUACCAAGUGAAAUCUUCAGUAUUUCUUCGCUUUCUUUGGGAUUGGACUUGUCAAACAACAAUCUUACAGGAACAAUACCAGUAGGAAUUGGAAAACUGAUCAAUCUUGGCCUACUGAAUAUUUCGAGCAACAAGUUAUCUGGUCAAAUACCAGAUGAUCUUGGCCAGUGUGCUUUAUUAUUAUCCCUUCAGAUGGAAGGCAACACGCUCAGUGGGUUUAUUCCUCGGUCUCUCAUUGAACUGAAGGCCAUUCAACUGAUGGAUCUCUCUGAAAACAACUUAUCUGGUAACAUUCCGGAUUUCUUCAAGGAUUUCAAAACCUUAUAUUAUCUUAAUCUAUCAUACAACAAACUAGAAGGACCAAUUCCAACCGGUGGCUUCUUUCAAAAUUCAAGUGUUGUAUUUUUGGGUGGCAAUAAAGGACUCUGUUCAAGGUCCUCCACACUAGCACUACCAGUUUGUGAUGGCGCUGGCGCCACUGAACCAAAGAAACACGGUGUACCACUGCUGGUGGUAGUGAUACCAUCAGUUACUAUUGCUUUACUGUUAUUGUUAUGGUUUUUGGUGACUCUUUGGAAGAAAAGAGUGUUUGAAUUUCCAAGUUGGGAGGACAUACUGAGAAUGGUCUGCUUGGUAGCUGAGACAGAGAGAAGAGAAGUAAAAACUUUUCCGCACAGCAAUGAAACUCUAAAGAAGGUAUCAUAUAGUGACAUCCUGAGAGCUACCAAUUGCUUCUCUUCAGUCCAUACAAUCAGCUCAACCCGCACCGGAUCAGUUUAUGUUGGUAGGUUCAAGUAUGACAAGAGCCUAGUUGCCAUCAAAGUAUUCAACUUGAAUGAACCUGCAGCAUACGAGAGUUACUUUAUAGAGUGCGAGGUACUACGAAGCACACGUCAUCGUAAUUUGAUGAGACCUGUGACUUUAUGCUCGACAUUGGAUACAGGAAACCAUGAGUUCAAGGCGCUAAUCUUCAAGUUCAUGGUUAAUGGCAGCCUUGAAACCUGGCUGCACUCUGAGCACUACAGUGGUCUGCCGGAGAGAGUGUUAAGCUUAGGCCAGCGGAUACACAUCGCAGCAGAUGUGGCUUCUGCUCUGGACUAUGUCCAUAAUCAAGUUAGUCCUCCUUUGGUCCACUGCGAUUUGAAGCCAAGCAAUAUCCUUUUAGACAAGGACAUGACCGCUCGUCUCAGUGACUUUGGGUCUGCAAAGUUUCUAUUUCCAGGGCUCAGUGUUCCAAAAAGCCUGGCUGAAGUUGGUGGGACAAUUGGAUAUAUGGCACCUGAGUAUGCCAUGGGCUCUGAAAUCGCCACAGAAGGUGACGUCUAUAGUUUUGGAGUGCUUCUUCUGGAGAUUGUAACAGGAAAACACCCCACGGAUGAUUUGUUUGUCGAUGGACUUAACCUUCACAAUUUUGCUGAAUCCAUGUUCCCAGAUAGACUUGCAGAGAUUAUAGAUCCUCAUAUGGCGCAUGAGGAAUCUCAACCGUGUACAGAAGUAUGGAUGCAGAGCUGCAUUGUUCCCCUUGUUGCGCUUGGCCUGUCAUGUUCCAUGGAAUCUCCAAAAGAUAGACCUAGAAUGCAAGAUGUGUGUGCAAAACUCUUUGCUAUCGAAGACGAUUUUCAGAAGUCUCAUGGUCAGUUAUUGAACUCACCUUGUCCUUGACAGUGGUAGCAGGAUGUUGUAGUUAGCUACUGAUUCAUAUAACUGCUGAUUUGUAAGUGGGGGGCUGUCUAUUUUGACUGAAUGAAAUAAUGUAUGAAGAGGAGGUUAAGAUCAGGUAUGUGAUUUGCUGAGAAGACUACUCAAAUUCAUAUGUGAUGAGCAGCUGGUACUAAGCGUGAUUUUGUUCUUA